CACAGAGCAAGAUGUGGACGACGAGGUACUAUAGAAAAGAAAAUUUUUUUUCUCAUGCAUGACAUGAAUUGCGCAUGCAGUUUGAUAUCCAAGUUCUGCAUGACAGAUUUUCAAAUCGAAAAACCUCCAAAACAUAUUACAGAUCGGCGAGUUCAUUGACGAGGGGAUGGCGUUAUCCUGUGCGAAAGUUUCGUACUCGUAUUGCAGUCAUGCAUUGCAAAUCUUUUCCUUAAGGUGCAUUCGCAUCACAAAUUUCAUUUCUCAUGCUGAGGAAAUUUGUAAUGCUUUUAUACGAGUGCGAUACUUUUGCAGUUCAUAGGCGUUUUCGUUCCAAGUGGAGGGCCUGAAGCAAACCAACAAUGCGGAAA